AGACAGGCGCAGGGUCAAGUUCUACUCACUGGCAUCAACUGGUUAACUCUCCAGAUCCUGGAGUUGGAGAAUACCUUCACCACCACUCUGCACCCAAGCAACUUGCAGAGUCUAAUCUGCAUCGUUCAUGAAGGCGCCCUGGAGGUGAUCAUGCAAGGCGUUCCCGUCUUUAUCAUUGGCCGUGGUAGCCAGUGG